CAUUCUGAAUAUGCCUGCGUGGGAAUCAAUUGUCGCGGGAUAAUUUUUUUUGGAGACUAUUUUUCUGCCGUAGAAAAGUCAGUAUGCGGUGACGGAUUAAACUUCUCGAUGAGCUCACGGAGCUCUCCUAUAGGGUAUAUUAAUCCGGCGGUGGGAAUUUAUUCCUGGCAAUAUGAAAUGACAUCGGUGGUUCCGGGUUUUGAGUAUUGAUUUUUAUCCUUUAUUGAUUUCCGCCAUGUUGCGAAAGAGGUUUUUCUCGACGAUUCGUGCUCUGCAGCAUGAUAAUCCAUUAGGUCUUCCUCGCUCCGGCACGCCGCCGUCGUUCCCUCGUCGCCGCGGACUACCGGAGAAGCGCAAGAUCCGAGAUGUGAAGAAGGUUAUCGCCGUUUCGUCUGCGAAGGGGGGAGUAGGGAAAUCUACGAUUGCUGUAAAUCUCGCUCUAUCAUUCGCGCGCCGAGGAAUCCGAACAGGAAUUCUAGACACCGAUAUCUUCGGCCCAUCCAUACCAACCCUACUCAACCUCUCCGGCGAGCCCCGACUCGACCAAAAUAACUGCCUCCUCCCACUAACAAACUAUGGCCUAAAAUCAAUGUCAAUGGGCUACCUCCUCCCACAACCGACCCGUUCCCCCGAAGACCCCUCCACAAUACCCAUGGACACAACCCCAAUCUCCUGGCGCGGCCUAAUGGUCACAAAAGCAAUGCACCAACUCCUCCACUCCGUCUCCUGGGGUCCCCUCGACGUUCUCUUCCUCGAUCUACCGCCGGGCACAGGCGACGUCCAAUUAACCAUCAACCAGGAGAUCAUCGUGGACGGCGCGGUGAUCGUGUCGACGCCGCAGGAUAUUGCCCUCCGUGAUGCGGUAAGAGGCUACGGCAUGUUCCAGAAGAUGGAUGUCCCUGUCCUAGGCAUGGUGCGGAAUAUGGCGUUUUUCGCGUGUCCGCAGUGUGGGCAUCAGACGAAGAUCUUUUCGCAUGGGGAGACUGCUGCGGGGGAGCAUCCGCACCGGCAUGGUGAGGAUUGGGGUGUUGUGGCUGAGUGUAAGAGGUUGGGAGUUGAGUUUUUGGGGGAUAUUCCGCUGGAUGCGAGGGUUUGUGAGGAUGCGGAUCGGGGUAUGCCGACUGUUGUUGCGGAGGAGAGUCAGGACCGGAGUGUGAGGAGGAAGGCCUUUUUGGAUGUUGCAGAGAAGGUGGCGAAGAAGGUUGGGAUUGAGUGGUGACUGGGGAAUGAUGUAUAUUCUCGGUAAUGUUCAGGCUUCUCUUUGUAUUAUACUAAGCAUUUAUAUACCCGGCUUAAACCUUGAGGAAGGUGUGAAUGAUUAAUAUGUUUAUCUAUUUAGAUUACAGUCAUCUUUUACAAUGUACAAGACCAAAUGUGAGAGAUAGAGUGACUCAAAAACCGGGGGUAUUGGACGGAUAGGAUAUUCCCCCCCAAAAGUGUAAAACUUAAGUACCAGGAUCUAAGCAUGAGAAAAGGGUGUGAGGUAUCACCGUGUAUAUCAACUUGACGAUA